UUUGGUUGCUGAAUUUAUUUCGCUGCUCUAUUUUUGACCUCUUCUUUUCUCAUUUCCGUCUCUCUUCUUUUUUAUUUGCUGCCUAUCCGGCUACUUGGCUUCUUCCUUCCUUUCUUUUCUUCGUGAGUAUAAAUCACUCAGAAGUUCCCUGAUCGGUCAUUGCUGUCCUGCCGCAUUCUCGUCAUCACCAAUCCACCCCUUUUUUAAACGUUCAACACAACUGAAGCCAAUUGUUCAUCACCAUGGCCCCCGCUACUUUGGAACAAGAGAACCAUACUCGUGAUGCUGAGUUCAAUCGCGUCCUCCAUGGAAAAUCCUCCCAGGCUCAGGGCGGCUUCGCUGCCAUGCUUGGAGGAAAGGACGCCGCUGCGCAGAAGGCUGCGGUUGAGGAGUACUUCAAGCACUGGGAUAACAAGGAUGCCGCCGAUGAGACUGAUGAUAUUCGUGCGGCUCGCCGUGCCGAAUAUGCCACCUUGACCAGACAUUACUACAACCUGGCGACCGAUCUGUAUGAAUACGGCUGGGGUACCUCCUUCCAUUUCUGCCGCUUUGCCCAGGGCGAGCCUUUCCACCAAGCCAUUGCCCGUCAUGAACACUACCUGGCUCACACCAUGGGCAUCAAGAGUGAUUUGCAAAUUCACCGAUGCAACGUGGUCGGAUUCAACAACAAUGAUUACCAGAUUCAGCGUGCCACCCGCUAUGCUGAGCGCGAGGGAUUGAGCGACAAACUGAGCUUCGUCAAGGCUACAUGCCACGCUCCUGAGCUCGAGGGCGUUUAUAAGGAGAUCCUCCGUGUGCUGAAGCCUGGUGGUGUGUUUGGUGUUUACGAGUGGCUUAUGACCGACGAAUAUGAUAACGACAACGCCGAGCACCGCAAGAUCCGUCUGGGUAUCGAGCAGGGAGACGGUAUCUCCAACAUGGUUAAGGUGUCUGAGGGUCUUCAGGCCUUCAAGAACGCUGGCUUUGAGGUCCUUCACCAUGAAGAUCUGGCUGACCGCCCAGAUGCUAUUCCUUGGUACUACCCUCUUGCCGGAUCGUUCAAGCACAUGACCUCGCCUUGGGAUUUCUUCACCAUCGCUCGUAUGACAUGGUGGGGACGUGGCAUCGCUCAUCGCUUCGUCGGUGCUUUGGAAACGGUUGGGCUCGCCCCCAAGGGCACCCAGAAGACCGCCGACAGCUUGGCGGUGGCAGGAGACUGCCUCGUGGCGGGUGGUGAGAAGAAGCUCUUCACCCCCAUGUACCUGAUGGUUGGACGCAAGCCCGAGUGA